AUGUUUUUUUUUUACAGGAUCUUUGGAUGCUUAGCCCUUGUACUUGUGUUCGCGUGUCUUGUUUUAACGAUUGCAACAACAUUGAGCAUCGGCAUUGGGAUCGGCUAUAAUUACUGCUUUGUUGAUUACAAGGCAUCUAAGAAACAUGUUACUGCGUAUUACAAAUAUGUCACCCGUACCCGAACCUAUUACUAUACGGUGAAAAGUUAUGUAACCCAGCCAGCUCUACGGAAUGAACAAGGCGGUGAAGUUGAAAGGGUUCAAGAUCCUCUGAGAGCCGUCAUUCCGCUACAAAAAAUUGCAACUGAAGAAAGCACCGAAGCGCGGGUAGCCGAUGAAGUGAGUACAGACAGUAUUACUGGAGAAACACUUAAUACAAGUGAAGAAACCGAAACGAAUACGAGAGCAGAUUCUACGACUACUGAGGAAUCUCCUACAAGAACCAUCAUACCGAUUAGUGGAUUAGAUCUUUUGUCAUUUUUAUCAAAGUUGAGAUCUCAGAACAAAAAUUACACCCUACAAAUUGUUAAUUAG